AUGGCGACCGUCGUGGUGCAGCAGCACACGCUGCGACAUUCCACUCCCCCACCGUCCGGGAUCACCCCCGCGCUGAACUUGAACCGAACCUCAUCGCCUAUCCCCAACAAGCAUCUGCCUGUUUGUCCAACGGGUCCUUCCCCGGUUUCCGCUCACACCCCGUCUUCCGCUGGAAGAACCACCAACGCCGGCCUCCAGCCGCCCUCGCUCUUGCAUCCGCCUGAUGCAUUCCUGCAAUUGUCGCAGUCGCCUCCGAUAUACUCGAUAGACCGCGCGAGUCUGGCUGCGGCUCUGAAUCACUGGGCCUCUCAACCAUUGCCUGAUCCCUCGCAAGUCUUCCCAUGGCUUCAUGGACUCCACCCAGACAAUAAUUUGCAGGUCGGCUUCUUCACGAACCGCCGGCGCUCCCUCCGGCGAAUUCCCAAGUGCUGGCGAGGCAUUACCAUUGUAAAAGUCGGCGGUGACUUGAGCCGGGCACGCAUCAAAGGUGCAGUGUCUCCGGAUGAACUGCUGGCCCCUUCGGGUAGAGAGUUUCUAGCUGUAGACCCGCGAGAAGGCUUCUCAGUGCGCAACUUCCAGAUACAAACCGCGAAAUUGGCUCCAUUAUCUGACAUUAUCGUUUAUGGAGAGGACAGUGUCAGUCAAAGGCAGGUUUUGGAUAUAGCGGCAAGACUGGCAACAGCACAGUACCAUUGGAGAUUGAAGAAUGAUUUGGAACAAACCUUACCGGCGUAUAACACGUUUAUUCUUGCUUCUCCCUUUUCUGAAGUUGAAGCGAAGUCGCCCGAGCUUGUCGCGAUUGGUAGUAAUGGUCAGCUGACAAACCAGGUGAUGGACUUCUUUCAAUGGGAACGGUUCGAGAUGUGCGAGAUGUCCCGUGCAUCCGAGUUCUCGAGGAACGUAUGGUUGGGACCCACAUCUGACUAUCUAUUGUUAUCGGGACCAGAUGGAUGCCCAUCUGCGGAGCCUUUUGACCUCUUGAUUGAAACAAGCGAGCUCGCAAGCAUUCCGGGGCCUCGUUUUCUGGCAAAUCUCAACAAGCAACUCGAAGAGGGACCACAGAAAUUGGAAUUCCCCUCCUCAGGAUCGAUCCUCGUGCCUUCGGCUGAGACUAGAGAGGUGGACGAUUUGAUCAACACAAUUCGCUGGCUAUAUUAUCUGGCAAACCCGGAAGAGCCGGAGCAUACAGUUGAUGCAGAUGGAGACGUCUCGAUGCCACCUCUUAGUAGAAGGCCACACAAGAUACUCAUUCAUUGUCCCGACGGUUACACUGAAAGCUCACUCCUCGCACUUGCGUACCUAAUGUUCGCUGAAGGCAUCUCUGCCCCCACCGCCUGGCUCCGACUACACAGUGAGAAGAAGCGGAACUUCUUUGCAUAUCCAUCGGAUGUCACAUUCUUAAGCAGUGUGCAAGGUCGGCUUUUGCAGGGAAGUCCGGCGACCAAAUCCCACAAACUCACCAGUCUACCCGAUCCGCAAUGGUUCAGAUAUUGCGACGGUUCCCUCCCGAGUAGGAUCUUGCCAUACAUGUACCUGGGCAACCUCUCUCAUGCGAAUAACCCAGAGAUGCUCUGGGAGCUCGGGAUCCGUCGUGUUCUCAGCAUUGGUGAGUCGGUUACGUGGACCGCAUCCGAGACCACGAAGAUGGACCCGAAGAAUGUGUUGCACAUCACCAAAGUCCAGGAUAAUGGCAUCGACCCGUUGACUCAGGAGUUUGAAAAGUGCUUGGAGUUUAUCCGUCAAGGCAAGCGCGACGGAAUGGCUACUUUGGUCCACUGUCGAGUGGGAGUUUCACGCUCGGCUACAAUCUGCAUAGCCGAAGUCAUGUCAUCUCUCAAUUUGUCUUUCCCUAGAGCAUAUUGCUUCGUGCGUGCGAGGAGACUCAAUGUCAUUAUUCAACCUCAUCUGCGUUUCGUUUAUGAACUUCUUAAAUGGGAGGAGUUGCAGGUACAAAAGCGCAACAAGACCCCCAGAAGAGAACUAGAAUGGCCGACUGUGGCCCGCGAGAUUGCGCUCAUGAACAAGCCGUAUUCGCGGUAG